AAGCACCCCCGAGGAUCUAAUUCACGCGCGCUAGGGAUCUGUUGGACAUACCGGAAUAGAGGCUUCUGGACAUCUUCGUCGGCCAAUGCAAAGUGGAUUGCUGGCCCGAAAGGCAAGCCUUUCAAGGGAAGCGUCGAAGAGCUUCAGACAAACGGCGCCGCUAGCUGCAAAGCCUGGUACUCUCUCUAUCAGCGAUAUGGACCUGCCUAUGAGAUGACCAUCCCUUUCUUCCGUAUGCAUAUUAUCAAUCACCCCACCUACCUUGAGCAUAUCCAAAAACACAAUAGUAAAAACUACAUCCGUGGGGCGUUUGCUCGCAAUGUCUUUCAAACUCUACACAGGUCUAGUAUCUUUAUUACGGAUGGCCCUGCUUGGCAGGUUCAGCGUAAAGCUGCUACUAGGGCUUUCAGCAAGCAAAACUUCGAACACCAUAUCACCCGAUCUUUGCAUUAUUGGCUGGAUGUUCUUACGCGCCUUCUGUCAAACCUAGCAAAAGAGCAGCGCGAGUUUGACUUUCAGGAAUUAAUGGGUCGUCUAAUGUUCUGCCUCUUUCUCCGGAUUGCCUUUCAUGAGGAUAAGAUGGCGUUGGAUAUCCUAUCUGAUGAUCCGGAAUGCCUCAAGUCAGUGCCACCUUAUGUGAAGGCAUUUGAUGAAGCACUGUACCUAUUCGACCGAAGGCGACGCGAUCCCCUCUGGAAGAUUAAUGAGAGGAUAUCUGGUGAGAGUCAGAUCGCCCAGAAUGCAGUAGACCUCUUUUAUGCACAAAUCGAUGGAUUGAUCCAGAGGCGUCUCGAUGCAGUGGAGAAUGGCUACCAGCCUGAUCCUGAUGCCGGAGUAGAUAUUCUGGACCUUUUCCUGCAGUCGACCCAGGACAAGUACACUCUCGGCGGCCAGGUUUUUGCGUUCCUUUCAGCUGGACGCGACACAACUGCAUAUAGCAUUUCGUGGCUCAUGAAAGAGAUCCACCAUCGCGAUAAUAGACACCUAAGCGCUGCGGACAGAAUCAGAGCCGAGCUUAAAGAACUUGGAUUCACCGAUGGCUUCCUGAACUACGGAGAUACUCCAAAACUACGAUUUGCCAAUGCAAUGUGGGACGAAACUGCGCGUUUGAACACUGUCUCUCCAGCUGGUCAAAUGGAGGCAGCAGACGAUGACGUUCUUCCCGCAGUGCCCGAGCUCAAUAUGCCUCCUCGACACAUUAAAAAGGGAGACAUCGUUAGCUACCAAAACUAUGUCCUUUCAAGAAUGCCAGAAGUUUGGGGAGACGACGCUGCCGUGUUCAACCCAUCGAGAUGGUUCAAGGACAAUGGAGAAAGUAUCUCAUAUAGUCCUUUUAAGUAUCACUCGUGGAACGCUGGACCUCGGAGUUGUCUUGGUCGCGCCCUGGCUACCUACGAAGGUAUUGCCAUAAGCGCUGCAAUCCUCCAUAGAUUUGACGUCCUAUUAUCCGAUACUGAGAGGGGAUACGAACCACUAGCAGCUCUGAACAUGGGAAUCAAGGGCGGCCUUAAGAUGAGAGUGAGAGCCAGGUCAUGA